AUGAAAAUAUAUAAGAGUACUUUUUUAUUAAUUUUUGAAAUAUUUAUAUUUUUUUGUUACAUUUUUGAAAAUGAAUUUGUUAAAGGUUCGUAUGAAACCAAAGGAUAUCCCUUAAUUCAUUUAAUGAAUAAUAAUGAGUAUACAGGUUCUUCAAAUAAUUUUAUUAAGAAUAAUUUGAUAAAUUUAUUAUAUAUAUAUAAAGAUGUAAAAUUUGAUGAGACGAAGACAUUAGGAAUAGAUUCUUUUUUAGAUAUAGAGGAUGAUACAAAAAUUGAAAGAUUAAUUAAAGAAAAGAUGUUAUAUAUUAAUAAAUAUAUAAACAGCCGUCAGAUGAUAAAACAUUCUGGAUUUAUAUAUUUAUAUGAAAUAAUUGAAAAAAACAAUUUUUAUUUUUUAAUACAUUUUCUUAUGACAAAUAAUAAUAAUGGUUUAAUUAUAAUAUUACCAGAGGAUAUGUAUAUAAAUGUAGACGAAUAUUAUCGUAUAAAUAAAAUAAACAAAUUGAAUGAUGAAAAAAAUAAAAAUAAAGUUAUAAGCCAAGAAUUAUUAGAAAAACGAAUAAUAUUUAUUCAAUCCUUUAUAUUAAAUUUGAAAUUACAACAAUCAAUUUAUUUUAUAAAAAAUAAUAAAGAUAUAGAAAAAAUAUAUGAAAAUUAUCAAAGUAAAUUUGCAUAUUUUGAUUUAACAAGAAAUGUUAGUAUUAGUCCAAUAUCUAAAAUACAAAAUGUAUAUAAAAUGAAUUCAAAAAGUUUAUAUUAUUUCCUUAAUAAAAAUAAUAAUAUACAUAUUAAUACUAUAUUUAAUAAACAACAAGAUAAUCAAACAUUUCUUUUAACUAAACAAAAGACAAUAAUUAUUUGUGUUGAUUUUAAUGUGUUUAAUAUUUUUAGUGAUUUACCUUCAAAUACUACUUUUACCAAUUCUAGUCUUAUUGUUAUACAAAAUUUAAUUAAACUUUUUUAUGAUGUAUAUAAAAAAGAACAAGUAAAUUAUAAUAUUUUAUUUUUCUUUACAAAUUAUUAUUAUGGUAUUCAAGAUUUUUUAAAUUCAGUAAAUUCUAUAUUUAAAGAAAAUAUUGAAUUUGUUAUAUGUCUAGAUAAUUUAAAUAAUUCAGAUUUUUUUAUAUAUGAAUCUAAUAAAACACAACCAGAAAAUGUACAAGAAUUUUAUCGAAUCUUAAAAAAUAUAGUUAAAGAUAGUAUAAAAAAAAAUGUUCCAAUAGUAAAUGAAAAAAUUAAAAUUCAUAAUAAACAUUUACCAAGUCUUCAUGAAUAUUUUGUAUUAAAUAAAAUUAAUAGCUUUUCUUUAUCAUCAAACAAAAAAAAUAAUAACUUGAUAUUUUUAAAUAAAUUCCCUAUGUUACAACCUAAAUUAAAUAUUCAAAAUGUAAAGAAUAAUAUUACCAUUAUUUUUAAAUCUUUAUAUUUAUAUAUUACACAAAAAAAAAAUACCCAAAAAGAAAAUACACAACAAGUAGAAUCAAUAGAAACAAAAGAAAAACAAAAAACUAUGAUAAAUUAUAUAAAUAAUAAUAUCAAUUCUAAUGAAGAUAUUAAUACUAUAAAUUAUAAUCUUAAUAAUUAUAAUAAAUUUUUUAUAUAUAAAGAAGAUAUAUUAAAAUUAUUUAAUUAUUUUAAAACAAUUAUCAAUUCUAAUAUUACUGAUACAAACUUUUUAAUUAAAGAUUAUAAAUUGACAACUGAUAAAAAACAAAAAUUCUUUUAUCAAAAAUAUGUUCAUGUAACAUUUUCUAUGGCAAUAUCUUAUGUAUUCCAUUAUGUACAUCUUUUAUUUGUUGUUUUAUUUUUGCUUCUUAUAUAUAUUUGUGUGAAUUAUUAUUUCGUCCCCAUGUUUUAUAAAAACAAAAUAAAAGCAUCAUAA